GGCUGAGAUGGUCGGCGAAACGCAUACUGGAGGAAGGCGUUCUUCCUAGCAGCUUCCCAGACUGCAUCCCUCUAUAAUCUGGCAGUGAAGAGGAUGACGAUUACCCCUAGGUCUGGAAUCGUUUUGCUGUGCCCUUCGAGCAGUACUACUUCUGAAGGAACGCAGUUGACAAGUAGGCGUCGCCGUGGUGCACACGUGCUCGGAAGUAAGCAAGGAAAACGUCAUGUGUUUCUCUGGCGCUAGCACUGGCUUCGUAGUGGAAAUUAUAUUUUGGGAGCGCUUAUCGUGGAAACAUUACGAAACGUGUUUGUGCUGUGCGCUCAUCUAAGACGAACCGUUUACAAGUGAAGUGUGCGAGCGUCAAGAUAGAGCGGUGCAGGUGCACGAGCCGACACGCAUGUGCAACGUUGUCUGCGGUGAGCAUUUAGCGCUACAUUAUUUAGCUAUAACCUCGACAGUUUGCCAGCUACUUUUUUAACCCGUUAGCAAGUUACCUGGCUAGCUACUGCAGUAUAUAGCUGACCUAGACACAUUUUGUAGUGGUAAUGAAUGAAAACCACUCAUUUCUAUUUUGAGGAGAGGAGUAAAGGCCUACCCGGCACGACAUUGCAUGUCAGCAACAUGGCAUUCACCAGCCUUUUUUCAAGUCUUCCAAACAAAGAAUUUGACCCGACGCCUUGUGAGCCGAUGGAAAGAUUUCAAAGGGAUGAAAGGCAACUGGAACCAGUUAAACUGGAGAAGGGGAACGAAAGGGAUGCCCAGUCCAAAAAGUGGCCAUUGCAACGGGGUCAGCAGAGUGGCCCCAGGAAGAGGAAAAAGGGGGACCAACAGGAGCAGUGUGGCCAGGCCAAGAAAAGUAACCUUCAUAAAUGCCCACCACAAUCUUAUAAAGACUUUGACUCUGUGGCCCGAGACUUCAUGGUGAAGCGUGAUUUCGAGCAACCAAGCUUUGACUUCAGUAGAGAACUGGACUUCUACAGUGAUAGCAAGGAGGGUGCAUACCCAGGUCAUGCUACAGAGAAGUCGGGUUGGAAGAACAUGAGGCCCGGAGAAGCCAAGGAUCCUGAUCAGAACAAGGAUGUUCAAGGUGUAAACAAGAAGAAAGGACAGGAGCAGAAGAAGCAGCGAUGGGAGCCUCAGCAGCAGAGACUUGACAACCAGGGCAGAGGGGGAAACUCUGCCAGGAGGGGUGGGGAUUUUACCGGACUGGGUGGACACGGAACUAUCCAGUCCAGAGUCUUUUCCAACAGGGGUGGAGGUGGUUCCAACAGGGGUGGAGGUGGUUCCAACAGGGGUGGAGGUGGUUCCAACAGGGGUGGAGGUGGUUCCAACAGGGGUGGAGGUGGUUCCAACAGGGGUGGAGGUGGUUCCAACAGGGGUGGAGGUGGUUCCAACAGGGGUGGAGGUGGUUCCAACAGGGGUGGAGGUGGUUCCAACAGGGGUGGAGAGGGGAGCAAUAGAGGCCGGGGCUGUGACAAGAGGGGCAGUUUUGUCCGAAGAGGUGAUUGGUCAAAGCGAGGCACUGACCGGUCACGUAGUGGUGGACGACAGUUCCCAGAUGAUGGCCGUUUAACACUGGAAACUUUGACAGGAAAGGGGAAGAAGAACAUGACAAAGGAAUUCAAAGACCAGAAUGCUUUGGAGAUUGACGGGAGGUUAAUCUGUCGACAUUUCCUCAGGGGAAAGUGCAUCAAGGGUGAUGACUGCCAGCUAGAACAUGCUCUGGACGUCAACUACUCAAUCAACGAAGUGUGUAAAUUCUACGUCCAGGGAUCCUGUUCGAAAGGAGAGAGCUGCAUAUACAUGCACAAGAGUUUCCCCUGCAAGUUCUUCCAUACUUAUGAGAAGUGCUCCCAAGGAGACCAGUGCAGGUUUUCCCAUGAACCCCUGACUGAGCUCACCAAACAGCUACUGGAGGCAGCAUUGAAGAGGGACAAGGACAUUGAGGAACUGGCUAAAAAGGACAAGCCAAUCUGCAUGGAGGAGUCAGUGGCCACAAAGUCGGCGUCAGCUGAGGAGACAAAGCCUGUCAUUAACAUGUUCCUGAAUCCCCUAAGGCCAAACUUUUACAACAGUUCAUCACCCUCUGAGCCACAUGCUGAGGAAAGUACCCCCAUGUGUCAGAAUGAAGUGUCAGCUGAGGUCGUGGAGAAGGAAAUUGCCCCUCCUACAGAGUCCAUUCGGUCUCCUGAUCCUCCCCCAAGCUCUCCUGGCUUCAAGGAACCGGUUUCUUAUUCAGUUGAGGCUGUGCUUGGGUCCCAUAGGCCCCUGGAAAAACCCUUCCGCAGCUUCUUUGCAGCCUCUAUCAGCCAGACCUCACAGACCCAACCAGAUCCCCUCACAACUACAUUAGUUCCUCCAGACUCUAUCCACACUCCUGAUCCACCCCUAAACUCUACAUGCGGGAAGAGAAAUGUUCCUUAUUCAGUCAAAGCUGUGCUUGGAUUCCAGAAGCCUGUAGAAAAACCCUUCUGCAGCCAAUUUUCAGGAUCCAUCACCCAGUCCUUCACACUCCCCACACAGAUCCAAUCAGAUCCCCCCAACACUACAUUCGUUUCUCCAGACCCCAUUAGUUUGUCUGGUCCUCAUCUGAAUAAGAGGCAGGCUUCUUAUUCAGUUGAGGCUCUCUCUACGCCCCAGAAGCUGGUGAAAAAAACCUUUUGCAGUCUCUUUGCAGGACCGAUCAGCCAGACCUCUACUAGACCUCUCAUACAGAACUCUGCUAAUUCUCCCAUCAACACCCCAGGCUGUACGAGACCAGCUUCUUAUUCAGUUAAGGCUGUUCUAAAGUCCCACAAGCCUGUGGAAACCCCCUUCCGCAGCCUCGUUGCAGGCCCCAUCAACCAGUCCUCUCGCCACCCUGAUAUACAGACCCAACUAGAUCGUCCUAGCACUACAUUAAUUCCUCCAGACUCCAUUCGGCCCCCUGAUCCUCCUUCAGUCUAUAAGAGGCCGGCUUAUUAUUCAGAUAAAGCUGUGCUUGGAUCUCCUAAACCUUUGAAACCAUCCUUCAGCAGCCUCUUUGCAGGCCCCAUCAGCCAGACCUCUCCCCAACCGCCCACUCAGUCCCAAGCAGAUUCCUCUAGCGCUACAUUUGGUCCUUCAGACUCUGCUCCUCCUGCAGGCUGUAAAAGGCUGGCUUCGUAUUCUGUUACGGAUGUGCUUGAGACCUAUAAGCCUGUGGAAAACCCCUUCCGCAGCCUUUUUGCAGGAACCAUCAGCCAGACCACUACCGACCCUCCCUCACAAUCCCUAAACUCCCCCGGUUGUAAGACACCAGCUUCUAAAAAGCCCAUGGAAAAACCCUUCCGUAGCAUCUUUGCAGGCCCCAUCAGCCAGACACCCAAUAACCACCCUCCCAGACAGACCCGACCAAAUCCCCCCAGCACUGCAUUUAGUCCUCCAGACCCCAUUCGGUCUUCUGAGCCUCUGCCAGUCUGCAAGAGACGGACAUCCUCAGUUGAGGCUGUCAGUGAGUCCCAGAAGUCCAUGGAAAAACCAUUUCGUAGCCUCUUUGCCGGCCCCCUCACACAGACCUCCACCUCCGGCCAUCCAACACAGACCCAACCAGAUCCCCCUAGAAAUUUCACUGCUGAAAGACCAGCUUCUCAUUCACUUGAGGCUAUGCUUGAGACUCAGAAGCCAGUGGGAAAACCCUUUCGAAGCCUUUUUGCAGGCCCCAUCAGCCAGACAACCCUCCCUGACCCUCCAACACAGACCUGGCCAUAUACCCCCAUAGUCAAGCCUAAACAGAAGGAGCGUGACCCAACACCAUCCACCGAGCCGUCCACAACCCAUUCUGUUCUGAGGACCCUCUUCCUACGCCUGAGCCCAUGCCGCCAGGAGGGGGAGCAGGCAAUCGGUAACAGCUGCAAAGAUCCAGGAGGCGAUGGCCUGUGUUCCAGUGAAGACGAAAUCACGAGAGGAUCUACUUCCACAGGACAGCAGAGGCAGAGCCAGGAGGUGGAGGACGUUGAUGAGCUGGAGAGUGAGCGAGAGGAGCCGGAGGAGGGCGCUCUGAGAGAUGAGCUGUUAGUAAUUCCAUUAGAGCCGUUAGUGCCUUACGUGCCACUUGGUGACCCUCGCCACCAUCGCCAGGCUGAUAUCACCCUGCCACGGUCCACCUUCGCCCAGGACGUGGUGUGGUCCUUUGAAGACCUUGCCCCUCUUACUCCCCUCUCACUCCAUCACCAGCCGUCUGUCCCUCUGGCCUCCCGCUCUGCUGAGAGAACAUCAGGUUCUGCUGUUGGACUGUCCAGUCCUGCAGGACUCAGGCCACAGCCUUCCCCACAGGACUCCAACUCUCAGGAGGCUGCAGGAGAGCAUCUCAUUCCCUCCAGGAAUUCAGGUAGGAGACAGGUCCAGGUGGAUACCCCCGGUGUUCACAACCUACCGAUCCAAGCGAUGGUACGGAUCACUCGACAUAACACUGAUGUACAACCAAAGAGACUGUCUGGACAAAUGAGGUGCAAAAGUGGCAACGUGGGUGAAAAAAAAACACUGAAAGACCUUUUUAAGACUUUUGACCCCACAUCAUCUCCCUUCGGACAGUAACUGCAUUUGGACUAUGGCUCAUAUUGUAUGCACUGACGGUCAAUGGACUACGCACCUAAUGACUUACACAAACACUUGUCCUUCAUAUGAAUGCUUUUGCUCUAGUGUAUUUUCCCGCUAACAGAUCAGAACAGCAAUUCAUUGCAAAAAAUGAUUGUGUAAAAUGCAGGACACCAAUUAUGCAUGCACACAAACAACCCUCCUUAACUACAUUUGAUGAAGUGUUACUCCCGUAUCUUUACUUAGCAACAGCUAAUGUUACUAAAUCAUCAAUCAUGUACAUUUUUAAGGUUAAAAAAACAAAUUACAUUUUAUUUAAUUUUUUAUUAAAGCAGAAAGUAACCUAUUGGAACAAUUAGCCAGUUAACUAGUAACUAACCGUUGCCCUCUUCCUCCACUCCUGCUGACUACAUUUCCUCUUAUUUGAUGAGUGAACAAUGGGUUAUUACUCAACUGAUUCUUA